AUAACCUCCUGCUUUACUCAUCGCGCAGCCCGACAAACCACAUGGAACCAGGAGCUGCAGUACAGGAACACUGACACCGGUUUACUCAGCAGAAGUUCGUCUUCAUCUCCAGUCAUGCAGUUCCAGCACUCUCUGUACGCCCCGACCCCCGUGCAGCCGGUUCACCCGACACCCUUCUACAUCGAGGACAUUCUGGGCAGAAACACGUCCACGUCCAGUCCCGUGGUACCGACACCGACUCUACCAUCUCACAACUCGUGUUUCACCAGUUUGAUACCCUCAUACCGGACCCCGAUCUACGAGCCCACGCCGAUCCACCCGGUUCUGUCCCCGCACGCCCUCACGGCCACGUACGCGUCCGUAUACCCGUUCCAGCGCUCCAUGGGAGACUUUACCCACGCACUGAUCCGACACGACCCACUGGGUAAACCUCUCUUGUGGACUCCGUUCAUUCAGCGUCCUCUUCAUAAGAGAAAAGGGGGACAGGUUCGGUUCUCUAAUGAUCAGACCAUCGAGCUGGAGAAGAAGUUUGAGACGCAGAAGUAUUUGUCUCCUCCAGAGAGAAAGAGACUCGCCAAGAUGCUGCAGCUCAGCGAGAGACAGGUGAAAACGUGGUUCCAGAACCGUCGGGCGAAAUGGAGGCGACUGAAACAGGAGAAUCCUCCGAGCGGUAAGAGAGAUAUCGAGGACGGAGGCGAGCAGAGAAACUCGGACAGAUCGAGUCCUGAUGUGAUGCGCAAACGCGGCGUGCUGGAGUCAGACAUGUCCGAUGAUUCCGACCAGGAACUGGACAUUGAAGAAGACACGGAAUUCUCAAUGAACUCACAAUUAUGACCUCAUCAUCAGCGUUGUAAAUAUUGUAUAAUACUGUACAUUUGUCUACUGUAGUAGGAAAUAAAUUAAUGGAUGUGUAGAUCUCGGUUUAGCGGUGAAAUGUAGCAGAUUAUUAAUUUUUGUCUGUAGAGUCUUGUCAGUGUUGUGGAAAACUGAGUGUAAAUAUUUUGUUUUAUUCAAUAAACAGUAUUUUGGGGGAUAACUAUCAGAUUACAUUAUAUCUACCACAUUUGCCUUUUCGUCUUGGCAACCUUAUUUAUUUUAUUAUAAUAUAUAAUUAAAACAAAUUCUGUUUCAACAGCUUUCCAUAUAAAAGUACACUCAAAUUGCUUAAAUUAGAUGUAGCCUUUUUAAAUGCAGUUUCAAAACCAAACCAUAUGGUUUAAUACUUGAAUUAAAAUUCAUUUUGUUUA